GGCAAGAGGCAAGAUCGUAGACGGCCCAUCGUCGAAUUGUUGUGUCCCCAUUGCCGUGUUUACAAAGACAGAAUCUUUCGCGAAAGAAGCGCAUGAGCGCCAAGAAAAUACCGCUCAUUCCAUGAAUCCAUUCUAAAGCUCAACCGCCUUUUCCCCACAACCAUUUUUACAACCCUUUUCUUCCUAAUGGAUUUGCAGGCCAGCGAAUUCGAUCGCAUUCUUUUCUUCGAGCAUGCUCGUAAGAAUGCCGAGUCUACUUACGCCACCAAUCCCCUUGAUGCCGAGAAUUUGACGAGAUGGGCAGGAGCUUUGUUAGAGCUUUCUCAGUUCCAGAGCGUUCCAGAAUCGAAGAAGAUGAUUCUAGAUUCAAUUUCAAAGCUGGAGGAGGCACUGAUGAUUAACCCAAAGAAGCAUGAUGCUCUUUGGUGCUUAGGGAAUGCUUAUACGUCCCAUGCGUUUUUGAAUCCAAACCAGGAUGAGGCAAAGGAGUUUUUUGAUAAGGCCACAAUAUACUUUAAGCAAGCUGUGGAAGAGGAUCCUGGAAAUGAAAUUUAUUUGAAGUCUUUGGAGGUUACUGCUAAGGCUCCGGAAUUGCAUUUAGAGAUCCACAAGCAUGGUUUUGCUCAACAGGCAACUGGAGCAGCCGAACCUUCUGCUUCAUCCAGUACUAAGAAAAAGAAUAGCAGUGACCUGAAAUAUGACCUAUUUGGAUGGAUAAUACUUGCUGUUGGCUUAGUUGCAUGGGUGGGGUUCGCAAAGUCUAAUGUCCCACCCCCGACAGCACCCCGGUAAGUCGUCUUGAAAGAAGUUUGGAAGUCUAGAGGCAUUUAUCUGAUCUAGAGCUGAUAUUUGUAGAGAUGAGAAUUACAUAUCAAUCAUCCCUUUCCUUUUAUUUUUUCACUCUUUUUGAGCAGUACUAUUUUCAAUAGAUUUAUUAUCAUGUGAAUCGUUUUUGUUUCUGCUUUUCUGAGCUAUGACUUAUUUAAUAAAUAAGUUGGGUUUGAAUCC